CCAAAGCCAAAGUGGCGAGUUGAUUAUUCGAGUUCGUAAAUUCAGUUUUUCAGUCAGUCUUGUCGGUUCGCUUGGUGCGGUUGGAUUUCGAAAAUUUUAUUACGGCAGUAGCGGCAGUGGCGCAGCAAAAACAAAAACAAAAAAUAUAAGGACACACAAACACAAACAAAUAAAAAUAUUGAAAAAUACUUUGCAUACUACCAACGUCAAUGAAGUGAAAUUUAUUUGCAUACAAAUUAAGGAAAAUCGAUACCGAAAAAGAAAAAUUAAAUUUAAAUACGUACAUUCCUGUUAAAGUCACAUAGUGAUACGUUUGAAAAAAAAAAACAAAAAAAAAUUUCGAAAACGCCCAAAAAUAGAGUGACGCAGAAUUAGCAAAUCCGUUGCUGCAAAUUUACUUUUUGACAUUUCAAUAGUUGCUAACGUCGCCGUCGUCGUCGCCCCCCUUUUCGCUUUUGUCGCUGUUGCUAGUCAUACAUCUGUAAUUUGGAGUGUCCCUUAAAUCGGUUCAGCGGUAUGUCGGUAUGUAGGUGCGCCGGACGUCAAUAGUUUUAUUUUCUGCUAUUAUAAAACUCGAGCACAGCGUUAUUCUAGUAACUACUUUGCUAAGCCGCAAAGUUAAAUUGAGAGCGCGCGUUUACCGCUGUCUGCUGUCCGUGGACCCCGAACCCAACAGCGGUCAAUACAUUUAUAAUCGGUUUGCUCUCUCUCGCCAGCUGGAUGUUUGUUCUCAUUGCCCUAUUUCGCAGUGGCAGCGCAGUCGAGACGUAAAAGCAUAGGGAAGCAGACAUUGGCAGAUUUUGGGAUGAUGUUGCUGGUCGCACAUCCCAUUCGCCACUCCUCCAGUAAAUCCAAAGCGGCUCAUAAAUGUUGAUGCCACGGCUCCAAUAUCACCUUAAUGGUUAUAGUCCAGAAAUGAGCAUAGCAUUAAGCAUGCAACAUCAGCAACAACACAUCAAUCAAUUACUGAAUACAGCAGCGGCCGCUACUGGCAUUGUCGGCGACGUGGACGCCUUACUUACGCCCAUACCAAACAACAAUCAUCCGCCAGCACGCAUGGAGACUGGACGCGAACGUAACCUAUGGCGCACCAACGAGAUUAUGGAGGUGCUGACCAUUAUGCAGGAGAUAAACGCUCUCGAUAUGCUCAACCAUAAGGCAAUGAAGAGCGAAUUGGUGUUCCGUAAAGUGGAAAGAAUAAUGCAUACACGCGGCUUUCGAAAAAAAUCACACAUACAAAUUUCAACCAAGUGGAAAUUUCUUAAAUCGACUUAUAGAACAUCGCGACGUAAUGGCAUAAUACCGAAAAUGAUACCGCAAGCGAUUUAUGAGGAGUUGCAUAAAAUGUUGCAGAAUGCCAAUAACAGUUGCUCGGGCCGUUCGAUCAGUGAUUGUGGUAAUUCGGCUACAUCGGUAGACGGUGACAAUUCCAAUGGUGCCACUGUAAAUGGCAGUGAUGGUAUCAACGAGGGCCAAUUGAUUAUAUCGGGGGUUGAAGGUGGCUACGGAAGCGGAAGCAAAAAUUCGUUAGAUGGUGCGGUUGAGGGUCAUCAAUCGGACGAAGAGAAUGGCUUGGCUCAUCCCAUAUUUGGAUUUCGUUUGGGAUUAGUAAAGCAGGAACCAGCUGAUACAGGUUACGAGAGCUCUAUGGUUAAGGAAAAAAACUCAACAGCUAACAUACAAUUCCAAACCGAAAUCAAGCAAGAAGUAAACGAGGACUCUGAUUCCCCAGUGGCAUCUACCACAGCGACACCGCAGCCGCCAGUCGAAGAACAGCUAGAACAUCCACAGCCACAACAACGGCAAAGUAUUCCAGAGAUAAUGAUAUUGAGUCGACGCACAGUACGCCACUCGCCCGCCGCCACUACCACCACCGCCACAAGCAAACCGAAUGUCACCACUACACCCAAAACCACCGCAACAAUCACAACCCAACCAAAUCCAAACAGCACAAGCACUGCGAGUCCAACACCACUACCGCCACUGCGUAUCGCACCCUUCGCCAAGGUGCCGCCAAGUGAAAUCACUACGCCUAUAUCAACCGCAAAUUUACCACCCCCACCACCGCUGGCCAUGAACCCUACAUCACGGGCAUUGCGGCUGAGUAGCGCCUACAGCAGUGGAGUAUAUGCGAAUACGGCCAAAGGUAAUGCCGCAGCCGCCGCCACCAGUACCAACACAAACAUUAGCGCCGCUAGUACUGCAACAUAUCAACGCAAACUUACCACCAAUAAUCCGCGUGGGCUCACCAUUGCCGCUUCGGAACGGCCGCCUACGGUACAGCCAUAUUUGCGACGUCAUGAAAUUGUGGUGCCCGACUUAGAUAUAGCGGCAGCACCACACGAAUAUCGGGCGACACAACCAUUUUACGGGUUUCCCGAUGGUCCAUCUACCAGUCAACAAGCCCAGCAACAUCAAUCGCAACAGAUGGAAGCGCGAAAGCACCGCUUAAAACCAUCACUCAUGAUUAACAACACUAUGCCGGCAAAACGUCUGAUGCGGAUGCCCGAAAUGCACACAAAACCAGCACCGCGACAAGCAAAAUUAGAAUUCGUUGGUGCUGGUGGUGGUGGUGCUGCUGCUGAUAUUGGAGACGAUGGACUGAAUUCCAGUUCCGACGAGGAAAGCAACGACACUUAUCAACCGCCGCCACAACAGCAGAGGCAAGAGCAACGGCAAGAGCAACAGGCGUCGUUGGACAACGUUGAGCGCGAACAGAGCUAUGCCAGAGUGUUGCAAGACAUAGCGAUUUCCUUGCGGCAAAUGCAACGUGAAGUGAUCAACGAGUUCUUCAAGCGACAAAUGAAGUUAGCACGCGAAGAGCACGAAUACCAGAUGCGACAAGAUGAUUUGCUGAUGAAAGCAUUCAAGGAACAAUCGCUACAAUUCCAACAGUUGGGCAAGCAAAUGUUGGGUAGCGCCGUAAAGCUGGAAAAGCGCAAAAAGCGAUUGGAAAAACAAGAACGGAAGCAGAUUAUAAAUCACAGAAAGAUGGAGACACGCCAAAUGCAGAAAAAUGAGUGCAAGAAAGGAAAAUUUUUGCUUAAUGGCAGUGGCAAGCCGAAGGUGCAGAAUAAAGAAGUAGUGGAGAAAAAUGAAAAAGGCGUGAAGAUACUAAUGAAGAAUUUGCACGCACAACUGGGUCUGACGGAAGAUGAGGAUGGUGACGAUGAACAGAAUCAAUACGAAUAUGAUGUUAGUGAAUAUUUGCAAGCUAAUAGUAAUGAUAUGGAGCAAACAUCAUUCGAUAUGAUGAACCGGCACGAAGAGCACAACGAGGAGACCGAAGACGAUGCCGAGGGGAAUUAUAGAUCCGAACCCAUAAUAGUCGGACAUUAGAAUUUAAGAGAAGAGUUCAAAUAAUUUAAAAGUAUAGCAAAGGAAGACAUGAAGCAAGAUUUAGGUGAAAGAAGUAAAAGUGGUGAAGUCGGCAAUUAAUUUACCGAAUUAACCAAAUUAAACAAACCAACGCACAUUCCGACGUGAAAGCGUAUUCCUUAUAAAAUUAGUAAAGGCUUAGACCUUAAAAUAAUAUUUUUCAGAUAUAAAUAUGUGAUUAAAUAUAGAAACUAAUGCUAGUUAUUUUUUAAGUUAUUGAUUGUUUUUUUUUUUUGUUUUUUUUUUAAUUUUUUUUAAUUUUCAUCAUAAGCAAAACAAAGUAAGCAUUCCCAUAGCGCAAUAUUUAUAAGCCGCAUCAAGACUUGAUAACUUAUAAGCAUAAAUUUAAUUUGAAUUAUAAUGGAUUUAAUAUUUAAAAUCUAUUUUUCUUUACCUGUUUGGAACAAUAUAUUGUAUAAUGAACUAUUUUUGAAGCUAAGUUUAAUACUACGUUACUCCUAAAGCAUUACUAAAAGUAUUUGAGAAAGACAUAUGUUUUGAAGAAACAAAACUUUAAUAUAAAAAUAAAAAUGUAUGUAAAUAAUUAAAA